GUUGAUGUGUUAUUAAAACCAGCAGGAGAUGCACCCAUUAUGAAGAAAAAGAAAUGGGCUGUAGACCGAAACAAAGCUGUAGGAUGGGUCAGUGAAUUUAUCAAAAGAUACCUUAAAUUUACUGCAACAGAUUCUUUGUUUUUAUAUGUUAAUCAGUCAUUUUCACCUUCACCAGAUACAGAAAUAGGAGUUUUAUUUGAUUGUUUUGGAAGUGAUGGAAAGCUAGUUCUACAUUACUGUAAAACACAAGCCUGGGGAUGA